CUCACUUCCUGUCUGACUCUGACAUCAUCCAAAAUGGCAGCGAGCAUUGGAAGACUCCUCAGGACGUCUGCAAGAGUUGCAGCAGCAUGUCCGCAUGCAGCGUCUGCAGCUGAACGCUUCACAUCUGCUCCUGCGCUGCAGAGGGCCUGUUUCUCAAGCAGCUCUUGCAGAUGGGCGGCAGCUGUCACUCAGCCUGCUCCUGCUUUUAAAGGGACUGCAGUCCACAACGGAGACUUCAAGGAUAUGAGCCUUGCGGAUUUUAAGGGCAAAUACUUGGUCCUCUUCUUCUACCCACUGGACUUCACCUUUGUGUGUCCAACUGAGAUCAUUUCCUUCAGCGACAAGGCCAGCGAGUUCCAUGACAUCAACUGUGAUGUAGUGGGCGUGUCUGUGGACUCUCACUUCACACACCUGGCAUGGACCAAUACUGCUCGUAAAGCAGGAGGCUUAGGCAAGAUUCACAUCCCUUUGCUCUCAGAUCUCAACAAGCAGAUAUCGAGAGACUACGGUGUGCUACUGGAGGGCCCAGGCAUCGCAUUGAGGGGCCUGUUUAUCAUCGACCCAAACGGCGUGGUGAAGCACACGAGCGUUAACGACCUGCCGGUGGGUCGUUGUGUGGAAGAGACGCUACGUCUUGUGAAAGCGUUCCAGUUCGUGGAGGCCCACGGCGAGGUGUGUCCGGCCAGCUGGACCCCCAAGUCACCGACAAUUAAACCAACCCCUGAAGGAUCUAAAGAGUACUUUAACAAAGUUAAUUGAUUGUGAGGAACUACUAAAAGUCCAUGCAAUAAAAUUAAUGUAGUUGUAUGCACUGAGACAUGGAUCUUUAUAAUAAAUGAUAAUAUAGUGCCAAUUA